GGAGCUCUGCUGCUUUCCUCCAGGAGAGGAGGAGAGAGAGACCUUGGUGGAUCCGCUCUCACACACAUCCAGCUCCGCCACCUUCACCACCACCACCGGGAGAGCUCGACGAGGAAAACUGAGCCUCGCUUUUUGUUUUUCAUGGACUAAAACCAGACUUCUCCUCUGCCAGAGAUCAUGGGAGGCUGUUGACAUCCGACUUGGCCACAAGCAACAUUAAUUAAUACAUUAGAGUAGCGUGAACACACCGGCUGGUGCACAGUGAAGGGUCCGAACAUGGCCGCCCAUCGAAUCAGAGCCACCACCACCAACAACACCUCUCUCCCACGCUGCAAGUCCGAGGGGACGCUCAUCGAUCUCAGUGAUGGAGUGUCAGAAGCCAGUCUCAAUGACGUCAAAGUGCCUUCUCCCAGUGCCUUACGACUGGACGCAACUGCCUCCUUCGGUGCUGCCAGGGAAGUCGUUGCCAUCAAGGACUACUGCCCAUCCAGCUUCACCACCCUCAAGUUCUCUAAAGGGGACCGCCUCUACGUUCUGGACUCGACAGGGGCAGAGUGGUGGUACGCCCACAACAACACGGAGAUGGGUUACAUCCCUGCAGCUUAUGUGGAGCCCAUCAACUACAGGGACUCGUCCUUCAGCGACAGCGGGAUGAUCGACACGGUUGGCGACUGUAAUGAAGAGGCAGCCAAAGAAAUGGACCUUCUAGGAGAGUGGUCGGGGGUGAUUCUGAAACCAACCACCUUCCAAAAUGGAAAUCCUUUUGCAACAACCCAUACCUCUACAAACCCCUUCCUAAGCAGGGGUCCUCAGAGCUCACUUGAUCAGAACAGUAACGAGAAAUCAGUUGACCUCCUUCUGUUUGAUACGCUCGCUCCAUCAGUGCCCAACUCCACCAGCAGCACCGCCAUCAAUGGUUUUGGCAGUGGCGUUUUUAACCCUCUUAGUCCCCCAAUGGGGCAAACGUUGCGCAGGGACAACCCCUUUUUUAGAAGCAAACGGUCCUACAGUCUGUCUGAGCUGUCCAUCCUGCAGGCUCAGUCCGACCCCCCUCAGGCCUCCUCUAGUUUCUUCGGAGGUCUGAAAGCACCGGCGCCAGAGCAGUUCCAGAGCAGGGAGGACUUCCGGACAGCGUGGCUCACCCACCGCAAGCUAGCCAGGUCGUGCCACGAUUUGGACUCGCUGGGUCAGAACCCGGGCUGGGGUCAAACGCAGCCGGUGGAGACCAACAUCGUCUGUCGGCUAGACAGCUCAGGAGGGGCCGUCCAGCUUCCGGACACCAACAUCAGCAUCCACAUCCCCGAAGGCCACGUGGCCCCGGGGGACACCCAGCAGAUCUCGAUCAAAGCUCUGCUCGACCCCCCGCUGGAGCUGAACAACGACCGCUGCACCACCGUCAGCCCCGUGGUGGAGAUCAAACUCAGCAACAUGGAGACCAAAACCACCGUCACCCUGGACAUGAAAGUGUCCGUCGUGGUGAAAAUGGAGAGCAGGGAGACGACAGAAGUCUUGUGUGUCAGGAGUGAUUGUAAAGAGGGACCUUACACUCCCAUUCCUCAGGCGUACAUGUACGGGGACACAGUCCAGGUGUGCCUGGAUAACCUGGAACCGUGCAUGUAUGUGUGUGUUGUGGCUCAGUCCCAGUCCCUCUCUCCAGACUCCACAGUUUGGGAGCAUGUGGUUAAAAAGAUCACCUUAGGAGUAUAUGGUCCCAAACAUAUUCACCCGUCCUUCAAGACAGUCGUGGCUAUGUUUGGUCAUGACUGUGCUCCAAAGUCGCUAUUGGUGAGUGAGGUGGGCAAACAGGCACAGGCUGCUCCAUCAGUGGUGCUGCAGCUCUGGGGUAAGCACCAGUUUGUCCUGUCCAAACCCCAGGACCUCCGCGUCGGAGUUUACUCCAACAUGGCCAACUACGAGGUAAAGGCUGGCGACCAGGCCAGAGUGGUGCGGGGCUUCCAGGUUAAACUAGGCAAAGUCAGCCGGCUCGUCUACAUCAUUGCCUCGCGCAACGGGGAAGAUGUUUCCGAUUUCACCUUAAGGAUCCAGGUCAAAGACGACCAAGAUUGUAUACUGGCUCAGUUUUGUGUCCAGACACCGACACCUCCACCCAAAGCAGGCCCAAAGACAUCAGUGCAGCGGCGUUUCCUGAAGAAGAAGGAAGUGGGCAAGAUAGUCUUGUCUCCCCUCGCCAUCGCCACAAAGUACCCUGUUUUUCAGGACAGGAGAAUAAAUAACCUGAAGUUUGGAAAAUUAAUCAAAACUGUCAUCCGGCAAACGAAAAACAUGUACUUGCUGGAGUAUAAAAAAGGAGACUUUGUAGCUCUGUUGAGCGAGGAGAGGAUCAAGCUGAAGGGUCAGCUGUGGACAAAGGAGUGGUACAUUGGAUAUUAUCAGGGCAAAAUGGGAUUUGUUCAUGCAAAGAAUGUGCUGGUGGUUGGCAAAGUUAAGCCCAUUUACUUCAGCGGGCCCGACCUCGCGACUUCAUCGUUACUCGAGCAGAUACUGAAGCCCUGCAAAUUCCUCACGUACAUCUACGCCUCCGUAAGAACUAUACUGAUGGAGAACAUCGGCAACUGGCGGGCGUUCGCGGACGCCCUCGGAUACGUCAACCUGCCGCUGACCCAUUUCUGCCGCGCGGAGCUGGACAGCGAGCCCGAGAGGGUGGCAUCAGUGCUGGAGAAGCUGAAGGAGGACUGCAACAAUGCAGAGAGCAAAGAGCGAAAGUCCUUCCAGAAAGAACUCCUGACAGCUCUGUUGAAGAUGGACUGUCAGGGUCUCGUGGCCAGACUGGUCAUGGACUUUGUCCUGCUGACCACGGCCGUGGAGGUGGCCGGGCGCUGGAGGGAGCUGGCUGAGAGGCUCGUCAAGGUUUCGCGCCAGCAGAUGGACGCUUACGAGGCGCCGCAUCGCGACAAGAACGGGGUGGUGGACAGUGAGGCCAUGUGGAAGCCGGCGUACGACUUCCUGGUCACGUGGGCCGCUCAGAUCGGCGACAGCUACAGAGACGUGAUCCAGGAGCUGCACAUGGGCUUAGACAAGAUGAAGAGCCCCAUCACCAAACGCUGGAAGCACCUGACUGGCACGCUCAUCCUGGUCAACUGCCUGGACGCCCUGCGGAGCUCCGCCUUCAGUCCCGCCGCUCAGGACGACUACGCCAUCUGAACUCUUCUCUGUUAAUCCUGCCGGUGUCCUCCCCCUACCCUCCCUCACCAGCUCACCUCGCUCUUCUGGAGCAUUUUAAAAGUUACACAGUUUGAAAUGCUGCAUAUCAGCUAUGUGCUCACUCUGAAUGCCACUACUGCUGUCGUAUGUUGUUCUGUUUCCUGCGGCGCUGCCUUCAGCUCCUCGUGCCCAGGGGAACGCCGUCGGACCCACCCACCCACCCACACGUCUCCGCGGCCACCGGCCAAACAGCACAGCGUUGUACGGAGCUCGCAGUAUUCACAAAGACUCUUUUAAUAGUUCCUGUCUUGCAUAGUUAUGUAUUUUUGUACUCUUAUUAUGGCACAGCAUUUUUUUAAAGCAACACUUUGGUUAAGAACUGUGGAUUGAACGCCAAGAAAGACACUUUUUUUCAAGAAAAGACACUUUUAGAUAUCGUAUCCUUGUUACCGUAGCCUUGUCACAUGUGUCAAACCUGUUCUAUUUAUUUGUACGUCAAAGAGAAAAGUCACUUUUUCCUUCUCUUCUUCAGGUUCUCUCUCGCUGUGGUCCCGCUCAUUUCAGAGAUCCAAAUAGUCGGCUGUCAGUCUGUAUUUUUUUUAAGACCUGGCACCGAAGAACACGGAAUAAUUUAUUAAUCUUGCACACCAAGAAUCAAGCUCUCCACCAGUGCCAAAACAUGUAGUCAAAUAAUCAACAACAGAUGAAAUAGUCUAAAUUGAUUCUCUGAUUAAUUCUCUGGUUCCAGCUUCUCAGAUGUUCAUUAGGACUCACUUUUUUUCUGACUAAACUAUUGUGGUAGAGAGCUCAACAGUUCAUCCUUGACCUUGUGAAACAGCCGUUGACAAAACAACCUCAACUCAAGGUCCACUCACUCACUUCUCCUGGUGCUUUUGACCGUAUCUCACGGUCUUCAUCGGCAGUUUGCUCAGUUGUCAUGGAGCUACUGUAGAUGUUCACCGUCUCUCUCCGUGAUUCUGAGUUUAAAUGCCCAGACGCACCAAGCCGACAUCAAAGAAUUAGCGGCGACGAAGGCCGCCCGUUGCGCCGCCUCACGUCAACCUUUGUCUUGGCCGACAAGUUGCAUUCGAACACACUGCGAAGACUACAGGCGACGGCCAGUUAGCGCAUACGUUCUGCGCCUGCGUGAGAGGAAAUAACUCUCCACACCGGCAGGUGUGACGGUAGUCUGUAGUCGUCGUUCAAAAAGGGAAACAGGAAGACCGAGGACGGCGGAUGAACAAGCCGUUGCUAUGAUACGUACAUGAAACAAAGCGGCGUUUGCCGACCAUUUUCACACCACCCUCACUCACUACUUAGCUUCAU